GUCGCGGCUCAGACCCACGGGGAUGAGUGGAAGUCGCAGGCUCCCGGGAGCGGGGACCAGGACUGGAGCUUGGGCGACCCGGGUGCGCCUCGCCCCGAGGAGCCUCUGGGCCAUGGCGGACGCGGUCCCGCAGGAAGUGGCACGGAGCCGGGCCGGCUGACCGCGUCGCCCGGAAGCCCGAGCUCGUCUGCGUCCCGGCCCCUUCGGCCCAGGGUGGGCAACGGCCGCCCUUCCUGCUCCGCCCGACGUGGGUAGUGGCUUCCUCGUGAUUUUUGCGCGGAAGAGGGAGGGGGAGGCUCUGGGCGUGCGGGGACCCCCACGUCCGCUACAGACUCGGAUCCCAGGCCUGAGGCCUCCCGGGGCGCCGGGGGCCGACCGAGCAACAGCAGGGACUGCGGCCACGGGUCGCCGGGCGGAGCUCUCACCGUCAGCUCGCCCCCGCCCUCCGUGCGCGGCCCCGCGCCCCGCCACCUCUGACUUCCGUGCGCGCUCCCACGCUCCGUCAGCGCGCUCCGACCUCCGAGCGCGGUCCCGCCCGCCCCUUGACUUCCUUGCGCGGUCCCGCCCGCCACCCUCGACCUCCGUGCGCGCUCCCGCAUCACCGCGCUCUCUGCGCACGUCCCCGCUCCCGGCAGCCCUCCAAGAGCGCUCCCGAGCCGCCCUCCGCGCGCGCCGCCGAGCCGCCUGCUUACCGCACAGGGAAGGUGGGGGGGGGGGUCCUAAGGCAGGUCCACCCCCGCGGGAGGCGGAGCGCGGAAUGCGGGGGGUGUGGCAAUGUGUGCCCGGGGAGCAGGACAGAGCCUCUGGGCCUGCGGGGCCACAGCCUCUUAUGCACGUUCUUUCCUUCAGGAGAGACGUCCGGGGGGCUGCGCGUUCCAGAUGAGGGGGAGAUGUUCGGAGACUAUGGGGUGCUGAGCAGCACACUAGGCAGUGCGGAGGGAACAGGGAGCGUGCGCUGGCCGGGGGCUAGGCCAACACCGAGGCUCGGGGACAGCAGCCCCACCGCGCGCACCCAGCUCAAGUGCCUGGAGAAGCUGGGCCUUUCUGGGAACCACAGGGUGUGGGGCAGAGGGGGUGGGAGGUGCAGGGAGCGGGCUUGGAGUCGUAAGGCCAGUCUGGAGAGUGCCGGAGGCGAUGUGGGUGUUUAUGUUCACUUUGGAGAGUGGGCCUCGGGGGCGAGGGAGGGUGAGAGUGUCCAGGCAUGGCUGUGAGAUGGUGGCACAGAUGGGCAUACAGAGCAGCGGGCAGUCUGGCAGGAGCUGCCAAGGCUGGUUGGGGACACGGGGGAAAGCCUAGUUCUUUGCUUCCUGCCUGGGUAUCCUGGGCAGGUCAAUGACUACCGGUGGCGCUAACCUAUGCAUUAGGUGCUUCGCUGUCCACCCUCUGGCGCCAGAGCCCACAGGUGCACCUUCGCAGCGAGUUUAGUACCAGCUCCAGCAUGCAUCGAGGAAGCCAAGGCUCAGCGGAGGAGAGGUGCCAUCAGGCUUCCCGCCAGUUCUGAGGUCCCCAAGCCCAAGAUGCACCAUCACCCAAAGGUCUUGAGGGCCACAGGGGGCUUUGAACAGGUCUGGGUCAGGGUCAGAUCAAGGAUGUAGGAAAAUUGGUGCUGCACUGAGCAGCUCCACUGUGGGCCCCACCCCUGUGUGGGUGAGGGCAGGGUCCGGCUGAAGGGGACCCUUGCCCCCCGACUUCUCUGGGCAGUGAUACCAGCCACCUGUUGCUAGGCCCUGAGUCCCAGGUCAGUCUGGGGUGGGGUGGGGGAGUCAGUGGUGAUGCUGACCGGCCCCCACCUGGGCUCAGAGCCCAGGAGCCUCUCUCGAAGCCUCCUGUUUGCUUCCUUAUCUGGAAAAGGGGGCACUGCCCUCCCAUGACUGCCUGAAACCAAGGUCCACAUGAUACCACAGCCGCCUUGUAACUGCUCAUGGUUUAGGGGCUAUGCCUGGGAGGUAGACAGGGAGGGGCCAAGGGCCCUGCUCAAGGCCCCAUUACUGGUAAGAGUUCCACAGGACCCCCUCCCCCACAGGUCGGAGGCUGCUCACUUAGGCCAGGGGACACGACAUGGAGACUCCCUCCCCUCCUGGGUGUGGCAUCGUGGGGGGUGUCCAGGAAGCGGGCCACAUCGCCCAGCUGGCCCUCCUCGUGUGUGUGCAAGAUGGCCCUGACUGGGGGUCUCCUUGCCAGCACCCCCGCACAUCGCCCCGGGCCCCAGGCCCUCUGCAAUCCCCCCAGGCCUGGCUGCGGGAAGUAGGGUGCCUGGUGGGCUGGGGCGGGCCCCAGAGGAAGGAGCCGCUUGACUCAGAGUUACAGGAAGAGCGGGGCAGGCGGGGCGGCGAGAACCACCAACUGCCCGCCUGCCUGCGAGGGGUGGGUGCCUGGGUGGGGUUAGGGUUAGGAGAGGAUGUGACUGCGAGGCCAGGAAGCUACGAGGAAAGCUCUGAAUAAACGCACAAGCAAAAGCCAGGUCCUCACCGUCCUUGGCCAUGCGUCCCAGACAGCUGUGGUGCUUUGGACCGGGCUGGGGGCCCAGCUGAGCAGAGAGCUUGCUCCCAAGCACACGCCAAUGACCUCAGUGACCGACAUCCCCCCCAGGAGGAAAAAGCCGGAACCAGCAGCCUGCGACCCAUCCUGGCACCCUGACUGACUGGUCACAAGGACAGAGAGUGAGUCCUGCCCAGCCCUUGGGAUACCGGUUGGCUUGGCCAAGUUGCCCCGUGGAGCCUGGGGUGGCCCCCCGAGGAGGUCCCGGCCAGACCAUGGCAGGUGUCUGCGACAGGGCCCCUGACUUCCUCUCCCCGUCUGGAAACCAGGUCCUGUGGCCUGCCCUGGGCAGUGUGGUCACUCUGAACUGCACGGCCUGGGUGCUCUCUGGGCCCCCCUGUCCUCAGCCCUCAGUCCAGUGGCUGAAAGACGGGCUGGUGCUGGGCAAUGAAAGCCACUACGACCUCCAUGAGGACUCCUGGAUCAAGUCCAACUUGUCAGAGGUGCUUGUGUCCAGUGUCCUGGGGAUCAACCUGACCAGUACUGACGACUAUGGGGCCUUCACCUGCUCCAUCCAGAACGCCAGCUCCUCCUCCUUCACUCUUCGUAGAGCUGGCUCAGCAGGCCACGUGGCCGCGGUGCUGGCCUCUCUCCUGGUCCUGCUGGCCCUGCUGCUGGCAGCGCUGCUGUACGUCAAGUGUCGGCUCAAUGUGCUGCUCUGGUACCAGGAUGCGUACGGCGAGGUGGAGAUGAACGACGGGAAGCUCUACGAUGCCUACGUCUCCUACAGCGACAGCCCCGAGGACAGGAAGUUCGUGAACUUCAUCCUGAAGCCGCAGCUGGAGCGGCGCCGGGGUUACAAGCUCUUCCUGGACGACCGCGACCUCCUGCCGCACGCCGAGCCUUCGGCCGACCUGCUGGUGAACCUGAGCCGCUGCCGCCGCCUGGUCGUAGUGCUGUCGGACGCCUUCCUGCGCCGCGCCUGGUGCAGCCACAGCUUCCGGGAGGGCCUGUGCCGGCUGCUGGAGCUCACGCGCCGACCCAUCUUCAUCACGUUCGAGGGCCCGCGGCGCGACCCCGCGCACCCCGCGCUGCGCCUGCUGCGCCAGCACCGCCACCUGGUGACCCUGCUGCUCUGGAGGCCCGGCUCCGUGACGCCUUCCUCCGACUUUUGGAAAGAGCUGCAGCUGGCGCUGCCACGAAAGGUGCAGUACCGAACGACGGAGGGAGAUCCCCAGACCCGGCUGCAGGAUGAUAAGGACCCCAUGUUGAUCGUGCGAGGCCGCGUCCCGGAGGGUCGGACCCUGGACCCGGACCUGGACCCCGACCCCGAGGGGGACCUGGGUGUCCGAGGGCCCGUCUUUGGGGAGCCAUCAGCUCCACCGCAGGCAAGUGGGGUCUCACUUGGAGAGGCCCGGGGCAGUGAGGUGGACAUCUCGGACCUUGGCUCCCGCAACUACAGCGCCCGCACGGACUUCUACUGCCUGGUGUCCGAGGAUGACGUGUAGUCCCUACCUGCUGGAGCCGCAGGAUCGCCAGAGACAGCUGGGGGCCGGGGUGGGUGGGUCUUUUCUCCACUCAGCAGGAUCAUGACCAGCCUGCCUGCAACUCUGGGACCCUCAGGGACAAGGGGUGUCCCCUGCCCCCCUCCUUGUGCCAGAAAUAAAGUCCUUUUGGGUCCUGCCUGGG